GCUUCUCUAGAUUCUAGAUUUUUACCGUUCAAUUUUAGACGCGGGCACAAAGCAACAAGGUUUCGAUUUGUGAGAUUGAAAACAUUCAGAGAAUAUUUGUAUUUAGGAAAUCAGAUUUAGAAAUCGCAUUUUCAUUACUGUUUUUAAGAGAGGGCUGAGUAACAGCGAACGGCCUUUACUAUGGAUGCUGAAAUAAUGGACUUCUUUGAUUUCACCAAGGAUUUUAGGCGAGAAGAAGCUCCAUCUGGCUUCAUAUCAAGUGAUCCGAGCUCUAUGGCCACCGAAAUGUUCGAGUCAAAACCAAUUAAACGUGAGGUGAUCGGCACAGAUUAUGUGGCGGAAAUCGCGGCCAAAGAAAAGCUACUCAUGAGUGGGCAACUGAAAGCCGAGAUUCCGGGCCAAUACAGUGGCGGCAUGGAUGACUUAGACUCAAAUGACGAUAUGGAUGACGAGGAAAUAUCCAAAAUACGCCUCGAUGAGGAAUACUACAAGAAAUACAGAUUCAACUUGAACCGCGACAAGAACUUGCCUAUUUAUGCCAAACGCGAGGUGAUAGUCAACGCUAUAAACACACAUCAAGUUGUUAUUCUUAAGGGCGAGACUGGUUGCGGAAAGACCACGCAGGUACCACAAUAUAUUUUGGACGAGGGAUUUAAAUCUGGCCAGUACUGCAACAUUGUGGUGACACAGCCUCGUCGCAUUGGAGCCAUUUCCAUUGCCAAUCGAGUUUCCCAGGAACGGAUGUGGGAGCCGGACACUGUGUGCAGCUACCAGGUUGGUCUGCAUCGCAAGCAACAUUUGGAAGACACUCGAUUACUAUAUUGCACCACCGGUGUGUUGCUAAACAGCCUUAUUCGCAACAAGACCCUGACUCAUUACACACACAUUGUUUUGGACGAGGUCCACGAGCGUGAUCAGGACAUGGACUUCCUGCUUAUUGUGGUACGCCGUCUUCUGGCCACCAAUUCGCGUCAUGUGAAGGUCAUCCUCAUGUCGGCCACCAUUGAUACCCGUGAGUUCUGUGACUAUUUUUCCACAAAAGUCUCGGUACCGCCUGUGAUCAGCGCCAGCCAUGGACGAAAACACUCGAUUGAAAAAUUCUACCGCGACCAGCUCGGCAGUAUUAAUUGGAAAGACGAUCCUGAUGAUGGAUACCAGGCGCGCAUUCCGGACGAGGCUUACAAGGCUGCUGUAAAGAUAAUCCUAGUUGUUGACAAUAUGGAACGUCAGGCGGCAAAUCAAUCGGAGCAAAGUUACGACGACGCCAAGAGCCAGGGCGCAGUGCUAAUAUUCUUGCCUGGCAUUUAUGAAAUCGACAACAUGGCCGAAAGUCUGGGCAAUAUGACUAAGGAAGAACCCAGUAUGAAAUUAUUUAUUGUGCGUUGCUUCUCUCUGAUGACCCCGGAUGCUCAACGGGAUGUGUUCUCUCCUCCGCCAUCGGGAUUCCGCAAGAUCAUAUUGGCUACCAAUAUUGCAGAGAGCUCUAUCACAGUGCCAGAUGUAUCCUACGUCAUUGACUUCUGUCUUACCAAAGUGCUGGUCACCGAUACGGCCACUAAUUUCAGCUCUCUCCGACUGACUUGGGCUUCGAAGGCCAACUGCCGCCAACGCGCUGGUCGCGUGGGACGUCUGCGAAGUGGACGGGUUUACCGCAUGGUACACAAGUUAUUUUAUAAAACAAAUAUGACGGAGUUUGGAGUGCCGGAAAUGUUGCGCCUUCCCUUGCAAAACUCUGUGCUUAAGGCCAAGCUGUUGGACAUAGCUCCUCCGAUAGAGAUGUUAGCUUUGGCCUUAUCCCCGCCGAAUUUGUCUGACAUUCAAAAUACCAUUCUGUUGCUUAAAGAAGUGGGCGCUCUCUUUCCCACCGUGGAUGGUGAGUACUGCGAAGUGGAUGGUGACAUUACUUUCUGGGGCAUUAUUAUGUCACGCUUACCAUUGGAUACUCGUCUAAGUCGCUUAAUUAUUUUGGGUUACGUUUUCAAUUUGCUCGAAGAAGCGAUUGUUAUAGCUGCUGGAUUGUCCAUGAGAGGGUUGAGCACUGAAGCAGGACGAGGGCGUCUUACAUCCGAUGCCUAUUGGAUGAACUACGUUUUUGCUGAUGGCUCCGGUUCUGAUUUAGUGGCUAUUUGGCGAAUUUAUCGCACAUAUGAGAACAUGGUUGCGAACGGCAUGCAUCAGGAGUCGGCGGAGCCGUGGGCAAGGCGAUACCAUGUUUCCUUGCGGGCACUUAAAGAAAUGCAUCUUUUGGUGCAAGAAUUGAAAUCGCGUUGCAGCCAACUCGGCAUGAUUUCGUUUAAUCUUUCCUCAAGUGACAUGCCUGACGAUCUGGAAAAGGCAAUCCUCUUAAAAGUUAUUAUAGCCGGAGCCUUCUAUCCAAACUAUUUCUUGCGAUCGAAAAAGACCACUUUAGAGCAGGAACGUGACAUCUUUCAUGUUAUCUCUGGUCGUGAUCCGUGCCGCACCGUUUACUUUACAAACUUCAAGCCCGCUUACAUGGGGGAACUGUACACUCGCCGCAUCAAGGAUCUUUUUCAGGAGCUCAAGAUUCCGCCCGAGAGUAUUGAAGUUACUUUCCAGCCUGGAUCCCAGAAAGUCUUUGUCACGUUCAAGAGCGAUGAGUGUGACACCAACUGCACUCGAUUGAUUAAUGUGCCCGGCCAAGUUCUAACCGAGGUCUACAAGUCCAUCAGGAUGAGAUUAUACCAAUCGAAUCGCACAUUUCGCGUGAUGGAUCAUAACAACGCGUUGAACUAUGUGCAGAGACAUGGUAUUGGAACUCUUAAAGAGGGACAUUGGACUCCACCGUCUCGCCCCUUGAAUGUGGAGAUGCUUGCUCUGCCGUCAGUUUACGAAAAAAAUAUGACUGGAUUGAUUACCCAUGUUGAUCACUGCGGCAAGUUCUUCUUUCAACCAAAGUCGUUCGCCAGGUGUAUUCAAAAUAUGUCUGAGAUUAUUAACACGCCGAUGCACUUGCAAUACGAAAUUCAGAAUGCUGGUGUUUUAACCAAGGGCAUGAUGGUAUUAGCAAAGAGAAAAGGCACCUUUGAGCGCGCCAUAAUUGUUCGUCCAGAAACCCAAAACAAUCGCCAGCCAAAGUUCUUUGUGCGUUUCGUUGAUUACGGCAACACUGAUCUAAUGUACAUAGAGCAAUUGCGUUUGAUGACAAAAGAACUUUUAAGCCAGUAUGGCGAUUUACCGCCGCGAGUUUUCGAGUGCCGAUUGGCGUUGGUGCAGCCGUCGACAAUGAGUAAUACUCUUAGUCGAUGGUCCAGGGAUGCCAAAGAUAUGCUUAUAUCUGCCAGCAAGAACAAUAUCGUUGAGAUAGAGAUAUACUCGUUGGUCUACAAUGUAGCCGCGGUUAUGGUACAUACACGCGACGGAUUACUCAACGAUAAGUUGGUGGAGCACAACCUGGCUCGCCGUGCCGACGAGAAUUUUAUGUCACGCCAGGAUCAUGACUUCCGUAUUCGCAAACAGGAAAGCGCGCGCUACAUAUCCGGCCCUGAAAGGCAGCAAGUCAAUGAGGAGUAUCUGCGUUCUUGUCAAAUGCCAGAGGAUCUCGAUCUAACGCCUCCUCCACUCGACAAAUGCAACAUGAUCGUUAUGCUUAAGGGACCUUACAGUCCGCUAGAAACUUCGAUGUUUUCAACAAUUCGCGUGGGGGUUUGGAAAACCGUAAAAAUAGACAAUUCUUCGGUAAAUGCCGUACUUUUGGAUUCCGAUCCACAGGACAAUCACGAUCAAUUGGUAGUAUCACAUUCAACAGUGGAGAGUUCCAACGGAGACGUGCUAACAGCCCGGGGCACUACCCUAAUGCCCAACAUUCACGGUUUUGGCCCCCUUAUGACCAUGCUCUUCUGUCCAACCAUGCAGAUAAAGUGUAACAAAGAUUGCACGAAGUAUGUUUCCAUUUUAGCUGGUCUUGGAUUUGAUAAAGAAACCAUGAAGCCCUAUUUCGAGGAGCACGAUAUGGUUAUGAAUUUGGAUGUAAAUUUAUAUGAGGAUGACGUCCGCAUGAUCAAUCAAAUGCGCUACAACAUUGACACCAUGUUCUUUAACUUCGAAGGAGAGGAGCUUCCAUCACUCAACAUGAACGACCGCGUGACCAUAUAUAAAGAAUUGAGAAAAUUGGUAAAUCGCUUGCUUAGUAAGGACCGAAGCUACAUUGAGCUGAAUGCAAGCAACUCGGAUUUCAACUGGGAGAAGGAGGACAGGAUUGAGCCACAGCCCGAACCGUUUGGCAAACGCUGCAUCUUUCCAAUGCACGUUAUUCCAGAGCUACUGGAGGAGGAUAUCGGAAGGCGCCUCUAUCUUAUUGACAAUUGCAAAAAAUUGUACAAGUGGCGUAACUUCGAAGGAGCAUUGGAUAUCUUAAAUUGCAAGUUAUGUAACAUGUCUCUGGAGACGACUCCCCAACUACGACUACAUUUACUGACCCAAUUACACCGCGAUCGAGAAAAGCAAAUUGGUUUCAAAAAUGAAUAGAAUAGUUUUUUCCCUUAGAAUGGAAUAGGAACAUAAUAACUGCCAAGCUAUAAUAGCUGAUUGAUAAACCUAUUUAUAUAAUUAUCUUACGAUUCAGCGUCGUGCCUUCAUUUCUAAUUUUCAAGCAAAAAGUUUCAUUACCCAUUAUCUUAAUUUUGGAACCAACUUUAAAUACUCACGAAAAAGUAUUUGUUUUUUUUCUAUUUGUUUGUUUUUCUCCUGCAAACUUUCUUGUAGAAGUGAAGUUUAUUUAGUUUUCUGUUUAAAGAAACCAUCGUUAAUAAAGUUAAAUAGUAUUUCAA